ACAGACCACGAGUAGAAGGCAACGAAGCUUGUUUAUUUGAGGCACCGAAUAUUUGUGUCGCAUUGCUUGAGAUCAAAACAUGAGCGGCUACUAGUUUCAUGACCAACGGCUACCAAAAAGUGGUAUACCCUAAAAGUCAUACUGCUAAUAAACCCCAAAAAUGAAGUGUGAUACGUCUGAAUAUUGGUCACGUAUCGUUCGAUCGUUUACGGUUCUUUUGCUUACCUGUGACAUCUACACUUUCAAUGGUAGGAAAAUUAAAAUUAAUUAACAGUGUCAGUACAGUUGAAACUUGAAAUUAUUGGUCUUGGUUGGCUUAGAAAUUUCUCUUCAAAGUUCUUAAACUUUCAAUACUUAAUACAAUAUAACUAUUAUACUAUAAUUUAAAAUUAAAAGUAGCAUUGCGUGAUAUUUGUUAUAUAUAUAAACUAUAAACAGACCUGUUUACCCGCAAACUCUUAAAAUCGUACAAUAUCACAAAAUCAUUCAAUACAUUAUAUUUAUAGUAAAAAAUAAGCAUACAUAUAUACAAUCUAUACACCUCAAAAUCGUACAUUGUUCGCCAAAAUCGUAAGAGUAAACAGGUCUGUAUAAAUAACAAUUAACAUGUUAUAAAAAUAAUAGUAACCAGUAAACUGUAAACUGUUUGGCUAAGCCUAAUCCUAGGCCUAGUUACGAUUGCCGCAACUUAUUUUCCAGGGAGUGACUUCCCUUUGUUUAUUUUUACUAAAUUAUUUUAGGGAUCGAUUUAGGGUUCAGGUUAGGCAUAGUGAUCGAUUUAGGGUUUCAGGUUAGGCAUAGGUAGAUACUUCCAUGAAACAAGGGAGACUACUACUUUUUGUGUAUUGGAAAUGGGCGUCGGCGCCGAAAAAUCUGAGUUUUUAAUUUUCCGAUGUGUGUGUCUAUUUAUUAUUAAAUUAGUUCUUUCGACAUAUAUUUGAGUUCCGUUUCCGGCCUUAUAAUUUGGAAGACAUCUUGGCCUACAUUUCUAGCCAGCUAUUUUGCUUUUUUCAAUCGAUCUUUAUUUUUAAAAUCGUUGGUAUGUAUAAGGCAUCUUCGCAUACAAAAUUUUUUGUGAAAUAAUAAGAUAAGGCCCUUUUUGAUAAAAUCUGUAUAAGCAUUAGAUAUUGAUCUAUAUCUGUGCCAAGUUUCAUUGAUGUAGGUCGUGUCCCACGUUCUUUACGCUUCUCCCAGUGACCCAUAUCACCAUAAGGUGUCUCAGCCUAAUUUCGACAUGGCGUAGGCCACGCCACCUUUUUAAUGGCGGAAGUUGCAGAUACUUAGGAAAUAUUUAAUUAUUACCACUAUAUACAUAUUUUAUAUUUUAUAAAUAUUUUAUAUUUUGUGUUUCAGAAUGCAUUUUGAAGACAUUUAAACUGGAAUGUUUUAGUUUGAGCUUUAAAAACCUUGUAGAGUCCAUAAUAUAAAUGAUCAGAAUUUUCCCUGUGCAACACGUUGUCAUUGGCAACCAUUCACAACCACUUGCAUAACGGUUAUAUCGUAGUACUAUCUCAGAGUUUGAUUCAUAAGAGUUUGCAGUGUGCAUAAACUAUUAAACCAUUGGUCAGGGAAAGCUUUUAUUAAUUAUUCAUGUGCCAAAGUUGAAAGUUUAAAAUAAGUCGACCCUAAACAGUAUUUUAGUGAUAAGGAAUGCAUUGCCUUAUAUAAACUAUAUAGUUAUUGCACAUGACAUGAUCAGCGGAAUGAGGUCACAGAAUGUGGAGAUUCAGUCCAUGUUAAAAAAGGACAAACCAAGUCGUACUUUAAAAAUUCAUAACUUUAAAACUACAACAGCUAAAAAUAUGAUUUUGGUGUUAUAAUUCUGUAAAAAAAUUAGCCCUAUUCAACUAUGCCAUUGGUUUAUUUUGACAAAAUGUUUAAAUAUUUGACCAAAGUAUCUAGGCAUAGGGAUAGAUUUAGCGUUCAGGUUAGGCAUAGGGAUAGAUGACUUGAUGUGUCGUGUUAACCAAAAUGGUGGCCAUUGAGAAAAUAGUGGCAAUCGUAGUCAAAAUUUACCAAAUGUUUGUAUUUAUUUUACAUUUAUAUGUCCCUCAAAAUAAAAAUUCAUGAGUUUUAAUUAUGCUCUUAAGAUAAGACAAUGUGUUUUUUUCCGUAUACUCACUUUUAACAAAUUAAUAAAUGCAGUGGUGGAAGGAGUUAAUCCGGAAGUUGAACAGCAUUUAGAGAUGGGGAAAAAGCUGUUGGCGGCGGGACAGUUAGCAGAUGCACUUUCACAUUACCAUGCUGCAGUUGGUAAGAAGUUUGAAUUAUAUCAUUUUAGACACUAAUGCUCAGUUCACACAAUCGAAUUUUCUUCUGGAAACGCACUAUUUUGUAUAAACAAAUGUUUGUUGCUAGGAUAAUAUUUAAUUAUUUUAUAUAAAAUUUAAAUCCGCUUCUUUAAUGUUUUGUUUAGAGGGUGAUCCAGACAACUAUCUCACAUAUUUCAAGAGAGCAACUGUUUUCUUGGCUUUGGGAAAAUCACGAUCAGCACUACCUGACCUUAAUAAAGUAGUGCAGCUUAAGCCAGACUUUACUGCUGUAGGUUUUACAUUUUAAAUCACCUUUUUAGUUCUAUUUAUUAAUCUGCUGAAAAUAAUCAUUGGCUUUAAUAUCAUAUAAUAAACUUUUUAUUAAACAUUUACAUUAGCCUACCCAAUGUUAUUUAUGCUCUUUGAAAUGUCAAUUCUUUUCUUAAUAAAAAAAAUAUCUUUGUUUCACAAAUAAAAGGCCCGUAUGCAGAGAGGAAAUGUUUUACUGAAACAAGGCAAAUUAGAUGAGGCAUUGGAGGAUUUCCGGGAAAUUGUAAGUUUUAUAACAUAAAUAAAUUUUAUAAUUUCUUGUAUUUGUAGUUUUUCACAAAUAUUUUAUUUUGAGCUGUUUCAGAAUGUUAUAGAUAAUAGCUGUUUCUUCAAGAAUGAAUGGCCAUUUUUUAAAAUUGAGGUGCACAUAUCACCUAGUCAUUAUGUUAACUGCCACAAUCUUGCUCAACUUUGUCUCUAAUUGAUUUUGACUAUUGAUUGUCUCAUGAUGUUAUUUCCUUGCUGGUAUUAAUAGAUGUGAUGGUGAUGCUGAGAUUGGCUCACACCUAGACUCCAACAAUAAUACUUGGGAUUAGUGCACUGUGAUUAAAUGGAAGGUGUUGCCUGAUGUAACAGAUGUGCCGAAAAACAAUUUCAUCUUGUUAUAAAUAAAGUUGUCACUCAUCUGUCAACAGCUGAUCUAUUCCUUUUUCCCUUUAUUAAUUUUAGUAAUCUGUCACAGAUGUUAUUUUUUUAAUUCAGGUUGAAAGAGAACCCAAUAAUCAAGAUGCUUUAGAAAAGCUGAAUAUGAUUGAACCUCUGAAAGAAACUAUUGCACAUGCCAAGUUAUAUUUUGAACAGAAGUCUUAUCAAGAUGCAAUUAUUUUGCUGGAGCGGCCUAUUGAGGUAAAUAUCAGUCGGGCUUCAAACAAACAUGCUUGAACUAAUUGAAUCCAUAUUGUCUGGCUGUUGUAAAGCAUUAAAAUAUCAUAUUAAAUGUUAUUAAGUUAAAACUAUGUUUUGAUUGUGUGGAUGGCAUGUGUUAAUUUAAUUAACUGAUUGAUUUGUCUGACUGAGUAAAAUACUCAAAAUUUUCAGCUUUGCCCUUGGGACACAGAUUUGCGUGAAAUGAGGGCUGAUGCUUACGUUGCUCAAGGUGAAUAUUUCAAGGCUAUCAGUGACAUUCGUCCUACAGCCAAGCUAACACCUGACAAUACAAGAGCUUAUUUCCGAAUGAGUUUGUUACAUUAUAAGAUGGGAGAAGAGGAAGAAAGUUUGACGUAAGUACUCUAUAAAAUUACUCCCAAAAUUCAGUUUCUAUUAGAUUUGAUAUUCUAUUAAAAAGUAAUUUUUAUUUAUCUAAUUCCAAGCUUCUAAGUGUUAUAGAAGGGGUCCCAGUGUCUGUAAUCAGAGGAAGGAAAUCUUGCUAAAAAAUUGAGGUGGGUUUUUUUUUUUUUUUGUUUGCUCUGCAGGCAGAUUCGUGAGUGCCUUAAGUUGGAUCCUGACCACAAAGAUUGCUUUGAGCACUACAAGAAAGUGAAGAAACUUGUGAAACAGCUGCAAGAUGCAGAAGCGCUUAAAAACAAUCAGAAGUAUGAAGAAUGUGUUGGUAAAGCUAGAAAUAUAUUGAAGACGGAGUCAGAAGUUGUUCCAUUCACUCAGAGGGCGAAGUCUUACAUCUGUCACUGUCAGGCGCAGGUUUGUGCUUUAGGUUCUUUUCAUUUUUCUUUGUCUCCAACACUAAGAGAUACCAAAAUAUUUCUUUGUGUUUCUUCCAUAAAUGUAAUUUAUCCAUUUAAUAUAAAAAUCAAUUACUUCCUUUGAUAAUCAAAGUUUUUUUGUUUUUUUUUUUAUUAAUUAUUUUAUCUGGUAAUUAUUUCCACAAAACAAAGUUUUUAUUCAUUUUUAUCUGGUAUUUAGUCAGGUGAUGUAAAUGAGGCCUUGAAGUCAUGCAGUGAAGUCCUUCAACUUGACCCAGAUAAUAUUGAUGCUAUGGUAGACAAAGCAGAAGCACAUAUUGCCAAUGAGGACUAUGAAGCAGGUAAAUAUUUUAUGAACUUCUGAUUUAACGUAUCUGUAACCCCGUUAUUAAGAUAAUUGGAAGCUGCAUUUUCUAAUGAACUUUUCUUUUUUCAAAAUGUCUGAAGUAGAAAUUUCAGCUUUUAUUUUGUCAUUAAAAUAGCUUUUAUAUUUUGCCCUAUUUAUUGACAUCGUCAUCAUCCUAAUCCAUUUUAAUGUUAACAGAGGCAGCUGUUGGUGUUUUGUUGGGGCUUUUUUUGGUAGUUGAGGUGUCAGUUUAGUUGUACUUUGGUGGCAUUUUAUGUCAUCUUUGAGAAUUUCCCCAGGCAUUUGUGUAAACCCAAAGUUUUGUGUUGAACCCAUAUCACAUCCAUUUAGCUAUACUUAUUCUCUGAUAGAUUUGACUGUGAUGUGGACGUGUUUUCAUGCUCUCUAUUUAACUUGAGUAUCUGCUUUGAUUGAUUGAUUGGAUAUUUAUAUAAUGCUGGUAUCCUUGCCACUUUAGCAUGUUUCUUAACCCUUUACGGGGCAGAGCGGCCGAAAACGUCUUCACCACUUAAAGGGCAAAAGCGUCCGUGACGACUUAGUGUUGUUUUCUCGUGACCUCCGAGGCUUUGCGAGACUUCCUAUUGUUUACAUCCGGUUUUUCCAAUAGCUAAAUAGAGUAGGCGCCAGUUACUAGUAUUUAAUCGAUUUUUUUUUAGUUUUAGUAGUUAAAAAAAAAAAAAAAUUCGAAAUGGAUUUUGCAGAUUAUUCAAGUGAUAGCGGAGAUUUCGCUGGAUUCAAUUAAAGUGACAUUUAAGUGCACGAAUUGACUGUAAAUUGGAACUAGAUGUUUAUAUUAUUAGUAAUAUUAGUGAAAUCAGUGUACUAAGCAGUGUUGAACUUUACAAACUUCAAUUUUGUGGCAGUGUUUGUAAAUAGUAAAUAGAUGAUUCACAAUCACAAACAAUAUGUUGUUUUUGCAAAUAUUUGUGUUCAUAUAAGGAUUAAUGGCAACAUUUGAGUACAAUUAUAAAUCUGCAUUCAUUUUCCUUUAUUUUGCUUUUUAUUUCCCACAAAUUUGCUGACGAACACCUUAGAUUUGAUUUUUUUUGUAAUGUAACCAUUUAGAUCAUUUUUUGAUAUAAGCAGUUGGGUUAUGUUUGUUUGGGGAUAUGAUUUGUAUAAUUUGCAAAUCUUCUCUUGCUGCUAGUAGAUUGUUUUUCUCUUCAAUUUGAAGUUCUGUCUAAAAAUAUUCUCUUGUGUGUUCUCCAUUUGUCAACUAAUUGUCUCACUCAUCUAGUGUGUUUCCUUCUAGACUUCUGUAAUAUUCUACCAUCUGGAUAACUGCUGCUUCUCUUCUCAGAUUUUGGGGCUCAGUAUUGUUAUUUGAGUUUCAAAUUCUAAAGGCAACUAAGAUCCAUGUUUAUAUUAAUGGGCUUGCCAUUGAGGAGACUGUUCUAUGCAACCGUUUCGUCCCAGCUUCUUCGUGAACUAUUCACGGUGUAGAAACCCACUGUACAAAACCCUAUUAGAGGGCGUCUGAUGCUUCCUCUGGAUGGGCAGGGGGAGAUAGUAAGACGAGCAUACACCAUCCCGACCUCUGAGAAAGUGUACUGCUGAUAUUGUGAGAGCAACAUCACCUACCAACCGGAUGUCCUUAGGUUGAGAUGGCCCCAUAAGGCUAGUUGGUUGAGUUAAGUUUUGGGUGGGGUCUGUCCUAGCAGAAGGAGAUCUCCAACAUGCCACUGCAUGGACUUUGUCGGGGGGGGGGGGGGCCGACAUUAAGAGCUUUUUUAGCUCAAAAGCUGGUGGAAGACAUUUCCAAAGGGGGGGGGGGCCGACAUUAAGAGCUUUUUUAGCUCAAAAGCUUGCUGAAGACAUUUCCUAAUGUACAUAUUAAUUGGCUUGCAUUAUUUUCAGCUAUUCAACAACUACAGCAGGCGCAGGAGAUUGAUGGUAAUUCUCGUAGAGUUCAAGAAGCAUUAAACAAAGCACAAAAAUUAGAGAAGCAGUCAAAGAAAAGAGAUUACUACAAAAUAUUAGGUGUAAAAAGGUAACCAAACUAGAGGAGUCAUACAAAUGAGCCCAGUAUAUUUAGUUAACUGUUGCAGUGUUCUAUGAUGUUGUGUGAAUGUCUGUUUAUUUUUAAUAAUGUUAAAGGGAUUAUUAAACUUACAGGAUAUUUUAUUAUUACACAUUUGAUCCGGUAUUACAUACAAUUUUAUGUAUGUGAUUUUUAGUGUUAAAAAAUUUUAUUACAGAACUGCGUCAAAGAAAGAAAUAUUGAAAGCAUACAGAAAACUUGCUGUUAAGUGGCACCCAGACAAACAUGAAGGCCCAGAGAAAGACAAGGCCCAGAAGGUCUUUAUAGAUCUUGCAGCAGCUAAAGAAGUACUCACAGAUCCUGGUAAGUAAUAUCCAUAAUUUUAAUAUAAGCUUGAGAAUCGUUUUUAUUUUUAAACCUUUGGUUAUGGAAUUCUUAUUUAACAAUCGGUUCGCUAGGAAUUUCAUUUCUUAACUUUUUGAGACGGAGCCUUUUUGGUGCAAAGAAGAUGGGGCCGUUUUCACAAGCUGUGCACUUACUUAGCAAAAGAAAAGCUAACUAAUUAAUUUACAAAAAUGAAACUAUAUAUAUUCUUUUAGGGAAUUGAAUAAACUAAUCAAAAUCUUUAAGAAUGAAACUAAAAUCUCAAAAUUUAUGCAAAUGAGAUCCUGAUUUUCAUAAUUUAAGCAUGCAGUUAUUUUUUUCACUUAAAUUAAACAUGUCUUACUUGAAGAAGUUUGUUGAAUACUCUGAUUUUUGAAAACUAAAUAGUACAGAACGCCUUAAACUAUCUAUGGAAGCGGCCAAUAAUAUGCAGAGAUGAGCUAGAAAUCUGAUUAGUUGGUACAAAGACUAGCCAGCCAAUUUUGAGGCAGACAGAUCAAGCCUUUCAUCCUUUUUUUUCAUAAAACUCUGGACUGAUAGAUCGGCCCAGCGGUCUCAAGACUGUUACUUAAGUAUUAUCUUGUUAGUGUAAAAAAACUCAUUCUAGUACCGGUAAUGGAAAAAUGGUUGCUGUUGUUAACCUAAUUGUAAUUUUCUUUAACUCUAUUCCAGAGAAGAGACAAAGGUUCGAUCAGGGUGAAGACCCUCUUGACCCAGAAGAACAACAUGGACAAGGAAAUCCAUUUUUCCAUCAAGGUUUUAAUCCAUUCGGAUCAGGGGGUUUCACAUUUAAAUUUAACUUCAAUUGAUGAUAGAUACUCUUAGGUGCUAUAUUAUGUACAGUUUUUUGUUCCUUCAUUAAUCUCAGUAGCGUUCUCUUUGUAAAGUAACUUAUCUUGGAGUUUAUUUUUAUUUUUUCCAGGUUUUCUGAAUUAUUCAAAGUGCAGUAUGUUUUUGUUUAUCUAUAUUCAUUUUCUGAAGAAAAUAAAUUAAGUUUCGCUACUGUUUUUUUUUUUUAAAUCUCAAUUUUAUAAUAGUUUAGGAAAAAAAAAUUGAUACAUUUUUUUAUAUUAGAAGUUUAAUUUUGUAUAGUCUAUUUAACAUGCCCUGUUGAUUAAGUGAACAGACUCAGAUUUUGCAUAAAUAUUUAUGUAUUAAAUUGUACAUAAAUUUUUAUAAGCAACUAAUUUAAUACCUUUUGAGGUGAAAAUUCUGCAACUAUUGCAUUUUACAACAAAACAAACAAAAAAAUAUUUUUCUAGAUGAGUAUUCCAAUUAGCCUUUGUGUUAGAAAGAGCUCCCAGUUGUAAGAAUUUAUUUUUUGUGCACCCAUUAACCACUGAUGAUACUGACAUAUUCUUCCCAUUCAAACUAAAUUUCUAAUUACAGCUUUUGUGAUUUCAUUGUAGACACAACACUUUUUAUUUUGCACACUUUGUGUUCAUAGUUGGUUUCCACAAUUAAACAAGUAUGGAACAAAUAACACUAUCAUAAAAUAAUAGAAUCUUCUUGUCAGAUAUAACAGGUCAUACGUUGUUAAUGUAUUAUUGUGCAGAAAUAUAUCAAAUUUUUCAAAAGAACGAAUUGUCUGUUUCGUGGUCAAAUACUGGAGAGAGAAAAAUUUUAUUCAUUUUUUUUAAGGUUGCAAAACCUGGGUCUGUAUCAUUGACAUGUUGCCCCUAACUUAACAUAAUGCUGAUUUGAAUUUAAGUAUGGUGUGAGUGUGGACCGGAUGAUAACAGGCUGUGGUUACAUGCACAAGAUGAUUGAGAGUUUGCAAUGAACUUUUCACUGUGUGAAGAAAAAGAAAGCAUUGUGAGAGAGUGUUGGUUGCAUGACUGUCCUUUUAUUUAUUUAGUCAAAGAUUGAAUUUGUGUUUGCUCUGUAGCCAGUGAGUUUUAAAACAGUUGCUGUAGGAGCUGAUUGAAUAUUUUUUAAAAUCAUUAUGAGUUUUAGAAUAAUAGCACGCAACUGUACGAGUCUCUGUGCCAUGAAAUAAUCAUUGAAUCAAGUCAUCAAAAGCAGAUAGUUUCUUGAUUUGAUAUAUGUUAGGCCAGGGUUCAUAGCAGAUUAUUCUGAUAGCGUAAAGAUUGUAAUCCUUAAAAUAAUGUCUACUUCAUCAUACUUUCCUGUACUCUGUCGCGAUCAUUUGACUUACUUAAACUACUUAAAAGAAUAUGUGAGAGCCUUUGGUUUAAUUUCAUGAUAUUGUGAUGACUUUUUCAAUAGUUCUUUAUGAAUGAGUUGUGAUCAAGUAAAUAAUUAUCUGCUGCAAUUUUUUGUGCUCUAAGUUUUGUUAGCUUUCAACCUAUCUAUACCUGAAAUUUCUUAGUUGUAUCUAAUGUAUUUCCCCAACAAGAUAUGUAUAAGUUUUAUUUGGGAAAGCAAGAUAUUUUGUUGUGUAAAUCUAAAUCUUAAUGAAAAGUGAAUGUGUUGUUUUAAAUCUUAUGGUACAAGUCAAUAUAAACAUUUCUACUGGAUUAUGCAAUAAACAUGUUGGUCUACAGUUUGUGUUGAAAUAAUUUUUAAUUAUUUAUAAUUGAAUCAAUUAUGGUGCAGAUUGCUGUGCUUCUACAUCUAAUGAAGACUUCCUCAAUAGAAGGGCUUCUCACUUGUAAAUAUCAACAGCAACUGUACAUUUCAUAAAUUACAUUAAAUUUGGACUGGAGGUUCUCAUGUUUAUUCAUAUAUUUUUAUAUUUUAAUUAAAUAUGAGUGUUAUCACGAAAUACAGGCACCAGCGGUUUAAAAAGUUAAGAUUUUUGUAAGGGGCUAAUUAAUUCUUAAAAUUGUACAAUUAUUGAGCAUA